AACACAUUGCCGCUCGACAGCUCCUGCCCGCGCAACAAACGACGCCGAAACCGCCAUGAAGUUGCCUUUGUCGUCCGAUUCAACAUGACCGACAGCUCGCCACAGGCCGGCGACCAUAACAAUGAAAUACCCGGUGACGCAACGGAACCGGCGCCAGACACCGGAGUCGCACCCGGCCAAGUCAUCGGCGCGACAGCCCCAGACACGUCUAGUUAUGCUCAGACUUCGACUGGUGCUGAUGCAAAACAUGCACUUGCUUCAAACCCAUGCCGAGAGCAGUCCACUGUGACGGAGGACAACAGCGUCGAAGAAGGAGAGGAGGAAGGCAACGAGGAGGAAGGGGACGAUGAGAACGGGGAAGACAUCGAUGAGGAGGAGGAGGAGGAGGAGGCGGAGGAGGACGACAAUGACGAAGAAGACGAAGACGAGGAGGACGAGGAACCGAAGCUUAAGUACGCACGUCUCACGCAACACCUCGGGCCCGUCUAUCGGAAUGGCGACGCCACAAGUGCGUUCCUUGUGACGGGGGAUAAGAUGAUAAUCGGGACGCACAAUGGCAAUAUCCACGUUGUCCAGCUUCCCGCCUUCCAAUCCCUGCGCGUUUACCAUGCCCACUCCGCCUCAGUUACGUCCAUAUCGAUCUCUCCUUUCCCUCCCCCGCUUCCUAGCAUCCGAACAGACGCCGCUCUGAAGUCAGUCCCAAAUAGCCCUCUGCGGCCGGCCACGGGAACCACCGAGAGCCAUGCCUCGCCGGCUGCCGCCUCGAGAAGGCCAAAGGACCCGCCCGCCGUGCCGAAUACGCCGUCCAACAAUAUCUACAUCGCAACCUCGUCGAUGGAUGGAAACAUUUGUGUGCAGUCAUUGGUCGAGCCCAAGGAUGUGCAACUGCGAAAUUUUGCCCGCCCCGUCCAGGCCGUCGCCUUGUCGCCCGAGUUCAAGCACGAUAAGACUUACUUGUCCGGUGGACUCGCGGGUCAACUUGUCCUGACCGUGGGUGCGCCCACUGGCCGGAGCACGGCCAUGACGGCAGGCGCCACUGCCCAGGCUGCAGGCUGGUUGGGCAGCAUGGUUGGGGCCGGCAGUGGUAGAGAUACCGUUCUGCACUCGGGCGAGGGUGCAAUCAACGCCAUCAAGUGGUCCCUGUCCGGCAAGUACGUGGCUUGGCUCAACGAACAUGGAAUCAAGAUCAUGCGCACGAAGCUGCAUCUCGAACACGCGGAUGCUGAAGACGCCUGGAAGCGCAUUGGGCAUGUUGACCGGCCUCAGACCGAGGCGUGGGAGACCAUGGCCGGCGUGUGGAAAGGCAGGAUUGAGUGGGUCGACGAGCAGGCGGUCGAGCCUGAUGAUGCCUCCGCAGACCAGCGCGACGUCGUAUUGUCACCCGCGGCCGCGAGCCUGAAGCAGCAACAACUCAAAAACACAGAAAGGGUUGAGAGACUGCUGGUGGGGUGGGGAGGCACCAUUUGGAUUAUCCACAUUCAUCCCGGGGGCGUCGGCACCGGGAAGGAUGCGGGGGAGAGGUCCGCUGGACGGGCAGAGAUUGUAAAGAUACUUCGCAUGGAUUGCAUUAUUUCCGGCAUUUCGUUAUAUACCCAGAACUUGCUGUUAGUGCUAGCCUUCUGCUUACCGGAUGAUGAGGAGGAGAACGAGGACGAACGACCACCCCGAGGACACAAGCACACGUUGUCCGGAGAGUCUACGGGGAGUAGGCCUUCCGGGGGCAUUCCGCGCAGACAGAAUAACCAACCGCCAGAGCUGCGCCUCAUCGACCUAUCGUCGCAGGCUGAAAUCGACAAGGACGGCCUCAGUAUCAGCCGGUAUGAGAGGUUAUCGUCGAAUGACUAUCACCUUGGCAUCUUGCCAGCUCAAAACGCGGCUGCGGCGGCGUCAUCCCGUGGUGCCCUCGAAACGCUCGCGGGCCUUGGCAGCGACGUGCUCAACGCCGCCCUGAACCCCAUGUCCCUGUUCAGUUCCGCCGCGAGCGUCAUGAGCAAAGGGAGUGAUGGCGCGUCUGGUAGCAACGUCGCUGCACCGAGCGGUCGAACUCCGCGAACCUCGGUGCAUCCCCAUCUCGUCAAACCGGGUGUCAAAAUCUUCAUUCACAGCCCGUACGACUGCGUACUGGCGACACGACGCGAUCUAGGUGAUCACUUGGCGUGGCUUCUCGAGCAUCACCAGUACCAGCAAGCAUGGGAGCUGGUGGAUCAGCAACCCGAGAUCAUGUCGACCGCUCCCGACGUCACGCCCACCUCACCACAGCACACGCAAAGUACGGAUGAUUUCUACGAUGACACUCCAUCGGUGGCGGACGGGUUGCGGUCCCUUUACUCGUCUGCCGAGAAGGAAAAGCGGCGCAUCGGGGAGUUAUGGAUACAGGAUGUCAUCGAGACAGGAGACUGGGCGAGAGCGGGGCAGAUUUGUGGCAAAGUUCUUGGGACGCCUGACCGGUGGGAGAAGUGGGUUUGGACGUUUGCGGGCGCGAACAAGUUCGACGAGAUUGUGAACUUCAUACCCACGGAGCGCACGCGGCCACCGAUGCCCGGGACGCUGUAUGAGGUCAUGCUGGGCCACUACCUCCAGGUCAACAAGCUCCAAUUUCGGGAGCUGCUCGACCGGUGGUCGCCAGAUCUCUAUGAUGCGAGUGCGAUCACUACGGCAUUGGAAGACCAGCUUAAUUACCGGGACGUCCGGGAGGACAGCGUGGAGGACGGCGAAGUCGGUCGUGACUGGCGGAUCGUCAUGGAGGGUUUGGCCAAGCUUCAUGAGGCGAACGGCAGGACCCGGGAAGCCCUCAGAUGUCACAUCAGACUCCAGGAUGCCGAUUCGGCGAUGCGUCUGAUCAAGGAGGGUCAUCUUGCCGACGCCGUGGCUGACGACAUACCCAGCUUCAUUGGCCUACGAGUUCCUCAUGACCGUGCCAGCAAGAUGAGCGUUGCCGAGCUGGAAGAAGCUACGGCGGAAGCCAUUACUUUGCUCGUAGACGAGGCACAACAUGGCUUGGUCAAGCCUGGGGUUGUCAUCAACCAACUCCAGGAGAAGCAUCUAGAUCUGUACACCUUCUUCUACCUCCGAGGCCUGUGGCGCGGCGAGGGCAUCCAUGAGCAUUCCGGCGAAUCUCGCGCCCGUCUUGUCACCGACAGCCAGUCCCUAGUUGACCAAUUCGCGGACUUGGCGGUGCACCUUUUCGCCAUCCACGACCGGUCGUUCCUGAUGGACUUCCUCAAGAGCUCAACGGCCUACGCAUUCGAAAAGGCAGCCCAAGAGUGCGAAUCUUACAACUACAUUCCCGAGCUCGUCUACCUCUACUCCAAAACGGGCCAGACCAAACGCGCUCUCUUCCUCAUCAUCGAUCGCCUCGCUGACAUCAGCCGUGCCAUCGCGUUCGCCAAGGAGCAGGACGACCCGGAUCUCUGGGAGGACCUUCUCACCUACAGCAUGGACAAGCCGCGCUUCAUCCGCGCGCUGCUCGAGGAGGUCGGCACCGCCAUCAACCCCAUCGCGCUGGUGCGCCGGAUCCCCGAGGGGCUCGAGAUCGAGGGCCUGCGCGAAGGGUUGAAGCACAUCAUGAAGGAGCACGAGAUUCAGUAUAGCAUCUGCGAGGGCGUGGCCAAGGUGUUGAGGAGCGAGGUGGCAGCUGCACAGGGGCUGUUGAGGAUGGGCCAGAGGAAGGGUCUCAAGUUUGAGGUGGCGACAUCUACGAUUACGACCGGGGGGGGCAAGCAGGUUGCCGUCAAGGACGGACAGCCACCACCAUCAUCAUCACGACCAAGCACACCAACGCGUCGGACGGCUGCUGCUGCGGGAGACGCCGCAAAGUUGGACAAGGGACGUGCGAACGGUGAAGUACCGCUCGCGAAGCCACCCACCCCGGCGGAUCACCGGAAAGCCAGGAAAUGGACGCCCGGCCACUGCGCGGACUGCCUCGAGCCGUUUGGCGAGUGGGAGGUUGAAACGCUGGUGGGGUUUGCGUGCGGGCACGUCUUUCACCUGACGCACCUGUUCGAGAGGUUGCACCACCCAGGGCAGGAGGAGGUGGAUGAGGUCGUGCUGAACGGGGUUGUUGAUGCGGCAGAGCAGAGGGUAUCGACGACUACGACGCACUUGAUCGGGGCCAAGGUCACGCAUGCGAGGCUGCUGAGGGAUCGAAUUGCGGGAGGGUGUCCGGUGUGUGUGAAUAGGGAGGAGGGAAGGUGAUGGGUAGAGGGUGGGCUUGGGGAGGGUGAUAUUAGGGUGGUUCAUCUAUUGUGAAUAACGCAGAGUCCAAUCGGCUGUCUCUGAGGCUGACGCUAGCGACAAGAACAGCCCCGACAACAUCCAUCGACAAUAACAUUUCCAAGGGCGUGUGGCUCAGUUGGUAGAGCGUUCGCUUAGCAUGCGUACUUACCAAACCCGUGUAUGCGAAAGGUCCUGGGUUCGAUUCCCAGCUCGUCCAGAAUCUGAAGAAAGUGGAUUCCUGAUUAUUUUGCUUGUAUUUUCUGCCAAAGUCUCUUUUUGUGUGCCUGUGGAUUGUGCACCGAGCUUGUCAG